UCAUUCCUAUCAAUCGGCGUAGGACCCUAAGACCCUUCGCUCCCGCAGCCUGUAGGCAGCUUCAUACCAUGCUGUUCUAAACGAAUGAUAAGGACGGUUCUUCCUGCAGGAUAAGCAGGGCAGAUUUCUAUCAGAACAAUUGUCAACGGCCCUAGAGUUUAUAUAGGACACUCUUUGAUGUUUGCCACGGCUUUCGUCCUCCGUUAGCUUGCCAUGUCCUCCGCAACUCCAGAGAAGACCUCCUUUGACGAGAAGAACGUGGUCGUCGAGGCGGUCGUUUAUGAGGCCCAAGAUGACAGUGAAGGUAGGUCUUUCCGCGACUUCAGUUGGGGAUACAAGAUAUUGACUGGAACACCAUUUACAGUCGCUAUCGUAUCCGAGUACACCCCAGAGCAAUACAAGAAGCUGAAACGAAAGAUGGAUUGCUAUCUCCUUCCGCUCAUGUGGCUUUGCUAUGGUAUUCAGCAAUCUGACAAGACGGGCCUGAGCACUAUGGCGACGUUCGGUCUGCGUGAGGAUACUGGCCUGGUUGGGCAGCAGUACUCAUGGCUGACGACGAUAUUCUACAUCACUUACAUGUGUUUCGAAUUUCCGUCCAAUAUUCUCCUUCAACGAUGGAGGAUGGGUAAGACUCUGUACGUUUCCGUUCUCAUAUGCUGGGGUGUCGUCGUCUUAUGCGUUGGUUUUGCAAAGAACUUUAAACAGCUCAUUGCCUUACGUGCCCUGCAAGGAUUCUUCGAAUGUUGUAUCAGCCCGGGAUUUAUCCUUAUAAUCGGAAGUUGGUACACUAGACGAGAACAUUCCUCUCGCGCCCUAGUAUUCCAAAGCGCGAAUGCAGGCUUCGGUGUCAUUUCUGAUCUAACCCUCUACGGAAUCGGUACGCUUGAGUAUAAUGGAGAUAACAUUCAGGCGUGGCGAUAUAUGUCUUACUUCCUCGGCUCGCUCACCAUCCUCGCCGGUAUCCUUUGCCUGUACUUCCUCGGUACCCCAUCUGAAGUUCCCUGGCUCACGAAGGAGGAAAAACGGAUGGCCAAUACCAGGAUCCUUGAGAACCAGAGUGGACAUGAUAGGACAGGUACCCAAGUGUGGAAGUGGGACCAAGCUAAGGAGUGUUUGGUCGAUCCAUGUUUUUAUUUCGCUGGAAUCAACGCCUUUCUAUCAUCGGUGCCUAAUGGAGGCCUGACAACCUUCGGAAGUAUCAUUAACAAGAGUUUUGGUUUUACAUCUCUCCAGGUCAUUUUAUACACGAUUCCUCGAAGUAUGACUAGUGUUGUCAUCUUCGUCAUCGUUGGAUUGGUUACAUCAAAGUGGAAGAACCUCCGUCUGUACAUCAUGGCUUUUGCGACGAUUCCUCCAUUCAUCGGCUUCCUUGGAAUGGCUCUCAUCGAGACAAGUUCGUCUACCAAGUGGACGAAAUGGGGGAUGUAUUACAUGACCGUCCCUUUCGUUCUCAGUCUGUUCUUGGGGUGGACGCUCAUUCCCUCGAACCUUCCCGGCCGUACUAAACGAACUGUGACUUCCUCGUUUACGUUUGUCGGUUACUGCGUCGGAAACAUGUGCGGGUCACAGAUAUUCAAGACGAAGGACGCCCCAUCUUAUACGCCAGGUGUUAUCGGAUGCAGCAUAUGCUUCGGGCUAGAGUUCCUCGUCAUCAUUGCCUGGAGGACGACUCUCGUGAUGCGGAAUAGACGUCGGGACAAGGCUAUGCUCACGGAUGGGCUAACUGAUGAGGAGAGGGAAAUGCAAGGUAAGAUUAAUGGAGAGUCCGAUAUGACGGACUUUGAGAAUCCUCAUGUGAGUUCUUCCUUCAUCUCCAUGCCUAGAUGCGAUCCUCAUUGUAUGGAUCAGUUCCGGUAUACUCUUUGA